AUGUAAUGCUCGUCUCCUGAAGAAGCCUCUUUGUGUAAGAGUCUUUGUUGCAACAACCUGAAUCGAUGCUCCAAAUAUCAAAGUGAGUGUUCCAUAUACUCAGAUAAUCAUUGCAUCAAAUUGAAUUGCGAUAAUUGUUGUUUAAUCCAAGAAAACUACCAGUCCUGUGGAACAUAGGUGUAAUGUAGCAAAUAUUUCGACUUAUUCUAUUUGUGGUGUUUAGUAAUCCUUGCAUUGUUGUUAGUGGUGUUGCUCAUUGUUAAAUUGCGUACUAAGUUUAUGACUGCUCGUAUGAUACGAAUUCAUAAGGCAUUUGCAAAGUUUAACAAAAAAACGACAAUAAUCUGAUCAGAACCAUAAUUCUUAAUAAAAUGUAUUAUAACAUCUAAUUUCAUUUAUUCACCAUUAA